AUGGUAGCUUUUGGUCGUCUUGCUGUGGCCGGCUUGGCUGCAUCUGCGGAGGCUCUCCUGUUGCUCUCAUUCCCUGAUAUCUUCAACUCCGUGCCUAAACUCGCCGAGUCUCCCAAAAUUAUCUCCACUUUCACUAACCAAGACGAGAGACCGAUUCCUGGAAACAGUCCCAUCAUUCAGUGUGACGCUCAGACGCCACAAUUGUUGGACUUGCAGAAAGUCGUGAUCGACCCUAACCCUCCUGCCAAGGGCCAGAACUUGACUUUUGUGGCUGAGGGCGUCUUGAAGCAGUCAAUUACCGAUGGCGCUUACGUUGAGGUGGAUGUCCGCUACGGCUUCAUUCGUUUGAUCCACCAGACGUACGACUUGUGUGAGGAGGUGCACAAUGUCGACUUGGAGUGCCCUAUCAAGAAGGGUGCUCAGACCAUCCUGAAACAGGUAGCAAUCCCUGAAGAGGUGCCUCCUGGGAAGUACCUUGUGGUGGCUAGAGCCUACACCAAGGAGGAUGUGCUCAUCACCUGUUUGACCGCCUCGGUUGAAUUCCCGCCAAACUAG